AUUGAUGACGUUCACACUCAGCUCCCACCCACAUCCAGUGUUUUCUUUACCCAUUGGUCGAUUUACACGAUUCACACUGGAAUAAGCCAACCGGAUAUAAAUGCGCUGUUGACAACUGUUGUAUCCUACGUAUGAUGGAAUUUGAAGUUCAAAGAAGAUAUAGCUGCAUUUUCAACCUAAAAUGCGCUUGUUCUCUUUUUUUUACUGUCAUUUUCUUUAAUUGGCCUACGGAGUAUACUUUUUUGUAACUUAAAUUGAAAAUGUCAUAAUGUAUGCUACAGAAGUGUGUCUGUGGUAGCCAUAUUUCAUAUAUUAUAGCACAUUCCAUUAAUGUAUCUAUGCAUUCCAUAGAGCCAUUCAUCGAGUUGUUUACAUAGCACACACACCCAAGCCUAUCAUCCACGACCCCCUGACUGAAUUUCACGUCCUUUGAAAUCCACGAAAAUACAUUAAACAAAAUGUUGCCCACACAUGAUGUAGGGCCUACUUUAGUGUGGGAAGAUUACAAGGCCUCUAUAUAUGAUUUGUGUGUAAGAUAUUUUAAUUACUAAAUUACCUCUAUAUAAUGUUUAGUAAUUCAAACAGACUUAUUUCAAACAUCAAUUACAUGAAACAUUACAAUCAGGUCAUUUAUUAGAUCUUAACCAUUUGGAUUGGUUUUACACACAGCCGAGUCAUUACGCACGGUCAAUUCAUUAGCCAUAUGAAGCGUGCUGACACAACCCCAUUGGUAAUCAGGUGAUACGUCACUGCAACCACACUAUUUAAUUUCUGUUGGCUGAUCUACAUGGUUAAAUGUUAUAGCCUAGAUCAGACAGCAGGAAUUGAAGAGAGGAGCCACUUGCCCACAUGAUGCCUCCAUUUGAGAAACCACAGCACCCCAAGUCCUUCAAGCAGAGAAAAAGCUUUGCCACGAGAAAACAGGAGGUCGCGGGGAUCCGAACAAAGUUUCCAACAAAAAUUCCGGUGAUAAUUGAAAGGUAUCAACGGGAGAAGUACUUGCCGCCUCUUGAUAAAACGAAAUUCCUGGUCCCCCAAGAACUUUCCAUGACUCAGUUUGUCACCAUUAUAAGAAAUCGUAUGUCUCUGAUGCAGAGUCAAGCGUUCUACCUGCUUAUCAAUAAUAGUGGCCUGGCCAGCAUGUCUCUUACCAUGGCGCAAGUCUACAAGGACCAUAAAGAUGACGAUGGCUUUCUCUACAUGACCUAUGCUUCUCAAGAAAUGUUUGGUAAUUGUGUUGAAAUCCAUGAGGAGUCAUUGCCAAUUGCUGGAUAUGUUUGAGAAGACAAAUUGCACGAUUGGAUAAUGUGAGGCCUCGGCUUUUGGCAGGCCCAAUAACUGAACUUCGUGUGUAGAUAUAAAAUGCAAUAUAUGGAUAUUUAAUAUUACUCAAUGUUUUUGUAUAUUGUUUUUAAGGUAAUAAAUGUUUCAAACUUU